AUGACAAUUGAAGUGGAAAGCUAUAGUAGAGAUCUGAACAGUAAAAGGGGGUCUAAGGUAGAUAAUCAAAUCGGAUGCGCCAACUCACCAAUACCAAUUCCAAAUGCUCCACCACCAAGUCCUGCGGUUGGUCGAAUACCAAUUUUUAGAGCAGAAACUUGGAGAUCGCACGGUCACGAAAAGUCAGAAGCGCUAUGUUUAAUUCCACGCAUUGUGCCUGAGCUGGGAAAAACCAAUGAUCUUCCGCUUAACGUCAAUUCAGCAAGAAGUAGCGAAAUUCGAUAUACGUUAAACAGCCAGUCGAAUGGCUCUUUUGAUCGCCGGAAGACAUCAUUCGACUCAACAGAGCCGCUAUCAUCUUGCUACCCUAGAAAUAUUUGCGGUGCAUACAAAGUUAGAGAAGCAGACUCGAUCAAAGCAGUGAGAUGUUCAACCUUUUUUGAGAGUCCUAGCGAUGAAAGCUUCACUGAUCACGAAAGAAAUGCAGCUAACGCUCUGUUAGAGCUGAAAAAAUGUAGCGCAGAGGUGUCAAGUAUAGCACAUAGUUGGUCAAAAUUACAAAACAUACCCCUUUGUGAUUUCAUAGUUGUUCAAAAGAAAUGUGAAGCAAUGCUAGAUAAGAUCAAUGCACUAAAAGUGAGCAAGAUUAACACAAGGGGUCAUGAAGACGAGAAGGGUGAAAAAAUAUCACAGAAUCAGAAUGAGAAAUGUUCUUCACAAACGAAAAGACAAAGUUUGAUGAAUAUGUUUAGAGCGAAAUCUAAAUCAUUCAAUAAACGUUCGUCAUCGAUAAUUUCCAUAGUCAACUUGAACAGUGAAAGGAAAGACAACAGGGUACAGCUAUGCCGCAGUGACUCUUUAAAUAGUGGAUUGGAAAGAUCGCCCAUUUUAUCAAGCAGCAUUUCUCCAGCGUCCAUGAGACUUCAAUCUCCUGGCAACAAAGAUUCAUCAGAUGUGCUUUGGGAUGAUCCUACUGACGCCAGUGAUUUAGCAGAUGACAAUUGCAAUCUUGAUGGAUUAUAUGGUAGCUUGAAUAGCAGAAACUCUAUCAGAUUUGGAAAAUCAUCAAAAUCAGGAAAGAAUAGAAAUACUCACAUGAAAUGUUUACAUUGCUCAGCGACUGAUACUCCUGAAUGGAGAAAGGGCCCCCGGGGGCCAGCAACUCUUUGCAAUGCAUGCGGAUUGUUCUAUAAGAAGUUAAUAAGAAAAUUUGGAGUAGUUUCUGCAGGAGUAGUAAUGAGUCAAAGACGUAGCAAAAAUCCACAAGAUAGAAAGGUUCCGAGAAGUGCAUAG